AUGACAAGACCAGGCGCCCUCGCUCACCUCGCCGCUGCUGCCGCUGUAUUCCUACUGGCGACCACCACCAUCCCGGCGGCCACUAUUGGCACCGUGGUGCAUUCGGAGGCCGAUGCACUGCUGGCAUGGAAGGCCAGCCUCAUCGAGGCAGCUGCGCUCUCCAACUGGACCCGGGACACGCCGGUUUGUGAUUGGGAUCGGGUGUACUGCGAGAAACAAGACAUCACGAGUCUAUGGCUCCAGGGACUCGGUCUCUCGGGCGGGCUCGGUAUGCUCGAUACCGUGGCCUUCCCGGCGCUCAUAACUCUGGACCUCAACGACAAUAACCUCAGCGGCACCAUCCCGGCAAGCAUCUCGAGGUUGAGCUCCCUCGAAUCACUCGACCUCAGCAACAACACAUUAAGCGGCUCCAUUCCACACCAGCUCUGCGGUCUAGUCUCCGUCAGUUUGCUGGUCCUGAGCAACAACCAACUCAGUGGAGAGCUCCCGAACUGUUGGUGCAACCUCCAGUCUCUGCGAGUCAUGGACCUUUCAAGCAACAGCCUCGUUGGUAACGUCCCACACCAGCUCUGCAGGCUCCUCCUCAUUGGCAAUCUAGAUUUGUCCAACAAUCUGCUCACCGGGGAGCUCCCGGACUGCUGGUGUAACCUCCACUCUCUGGCGUUCAUGGACCUGUCGAACAACCGGCUCACGGGGAAGCUCCCGAACUGCUGGUGGAACCUCAAGGAUCUGCAGUUCAUGGAUCUAUCAAACAACUCCUUCUCAGGUAAAAUUCCCGUGGCUGUGGCAACCCACCACUGCUCUCUUAGGUCACUUUAUCUCGCCGGAAAUGGCUUUGUUGGUGCUUUCCCGCCAGUCCUAGAGGGUUGCAAGUCGCUGACCACUCUGGAAAUGGGGAACAACAUGUUCAACGGCUCCAUCCCGCCGCAGUUUGGUGACAUGCCCAACCUCACCUUCAUCGAUCUCUAUGAGAACAACCUCGUUGGUGAGAUCCCGCGCCAGCUUUGCAAUCUUCUCUCCUCUUUGCGGUACAUGCGCCUGUCGGACAAUCGGCUCACCGGGGAGCUCCCGGACUGCUGGUGGAACCUCCAGGCUCUGGAGUCCAUGUUACUGUCCAACAACUCCUUCUCAGGUGAAAUCCCGACGGCUAAGGCAAGCCACAACUGCUCUCUCAUAUCACUAUAUCUUGCCGGGAAUGCCUUUUCCGGAGCCCUCCCACUCCUAGAGCGCUGCGACUCGCUCGCUAUCCUCGACCUCAGCAGCAAUAUGUUUAACAACACCAUUCCGCCGCAGCUCAGUGGCAUGCGCAGCCUCACCGACCUCCGGCUCUACAAUAACAACCUCGUCGGGAACAUCCCGCACCAGCUCUGCAGGCACCUCUCCAUCCAGAUACUAGACCUGUCAAACAACCGGCUCACUGGGGAUCUCCCGGACUGCUGGUGCAACUUUCAGGCUCUGAUGUUCAUGGACCUAUCAAACAACCGUCUCAACGGUAAGCUCCCGGACUGCUGGUGGAACCUGGAGACUCUGAUUUUCAUGGAUCUAUUCAACAACUCCUUCUCAAGUAAAAUUCCCGCAGCUGUGGCAAGCCACAACUUCUCUCUUAGGUCUCUUUACCUUGCCGGAAAUGGCUUCAUUGGUGCCUUCCCGCCUGUUCUAGAGGGUUGCAACUCGCUGGACACCUUGGACAUGGGGAAUAACAAGUUCUUUGGUGUUGUCCCUCCAUGGAUCGGGACUCACAUCCCAUUGUUGAGAAUCCUUAGCCUCAAAUCAAACAAUUUCACUGGAGAAAUUCCUCUAGAGUUAUCACGCCUUUCAGAACUUCAGCUGCUGGACAUUUCAAACAAUAGCUUGACCGGCUCGAUUCCGCUAGCCUUCGGCAGCUUGACCUCCAUGAAGCAUCCACAAAAUCUAUCGACUACGGAACUGCCCAACGAGUGGAAAUACUAUGAUAGAAUCGACAUAAUCUGGAAGGGCCAUGAGCAGAAAUUUGGAAAAGCGAUCCAGUUAUUAACCGGUAUUGAUUUGUCGGGCAAUUUGUUGUCUCGGUGCAUUCCUGAAGAGCUAGCCAACCUUCAGGGCAUCCAAUUUCUAAAUCUGUCGACAAACCAUCUAUCAUGUAGCAUUCCUGAAAACAUUGGUAGUUUGACUUUUCUCGAGUCCCUUGAUCUAUCAUCUAAUGGACUUACAGGAGCCAUUCCGUCGAGCAUCUCGAGCGUACCGUGGCUCACCACGUUGAAUGUCUCGAACAAUCUUUUAUCGGGCAAGAUACCCACCAGGAAUCAGCUUCGGACCCUGACUGACCCAUCAAUUUACUCCAACAAUUCUGGGCUCUGUGGAUUUCCUCUAAACAUUUCAUGUACGAAUACUUCGCUUGCACCAGAUGAGAGAAAUGGUGGAGAGGAGGACCACUGGAUGUACUACUGUGUGAUUGCCGGGAUUGUGUCUGGUCUCUGGUUGUGGUUUGGGAUGCUCUUUACAGUUAAGUCCUGGAGGCGUGGUUUUCUUUCCUUUGUUGAUGGCAUGCAAUGUAGAAUUAUGAAAAAGUUGUGA